GUUUACGCCACUUUAGCGGGAGAAUUCGUCUCUGAAGAGUUGUUUUCUUGUAACUAACUGUCAAGCAGAGGCUUGCUUGACUAAACAGACAGGAUGCGUCGCUCAGGGGCCCCCAGCCAGGUCUUUGGUAACAUGGCGAAGAAGCCCCGGUUUGUCCCUCCUGGAGCCUCACUGGCUGGUCCUCCUGAUCCCCCUGUGGGUACCCUGCUUGAACCGGAGCCUCUGGCCCCUAAACUCGCCCUGGGGAACGUGCUCAACAAGGUCCAGAGGAGCCUCUCAGUCCCUGCACUGCCCCUUGCCCUGCCUGUGAAGGCCUUCAGCCUGGCUAAGAGCAGCCCCCAAGCCCCAGACCUGUCCAGAGCUCUAGCCAGGGUGCUGGGUGCAGCAGACAGUAAGAAGAACGAGCUAGAGCCUGAAGACCCUUCCUUUACAGAGGAGGUCACUGGAGACCCAGCUGACUUCAGAUGUUCCUCACAGAGACCGGCAGGAGGGUGUGGUCCAGGUGUGGUCGGGGCAGGUAGCGGUGCUGGUUCUGACGGGCCGCGGUACUUCAGUGUGAUGUGGUGUGAGGCCAGUGGGAGGAAACACAAACGCUGGCAGGGAGACGCUGUCCUGGUGACACGAGGGCGCACUGCCACGCUUAAAGACAUGGAGGGCAAGGACAUCGGCAAGGGUAGUGGCUAUAAGGUAUCAGAGCUGGCAUCGCUGGGUGAAGGAGAGACCUUGAUGAUAGGAGCUAAACAGGUGGAGGUGAUGGGACUCAUAUCAGAGCUGGACUACAAUAAGGGCCGCUGUUUCCUUGACGUCCAUGUGGAGAAGGAGGAGCCUAAGAUAUCAGCUCCUCCCCCCUCACGACGCCCAGCUUCUAAACCGUUCUGCCGUCCAACGCUAUUGGGCGGAGAGACUGAUAGGGGAGUGGCCAAGCCUCAGGAGGGGCCCUGUAAACCACGCCAUGACCCUCUAGCACCAGGAGCCAUUGUCAUGCCCCGGCCCUCAACCAAUCACCAGUGGGCGUAUAACAAGGCAGGCCUCCCACUGGUGGAUGUGGUGGUUGACCCCUACUUGACCGCUCACCUCCGACCCCACCAGCGAGACGGCCUGCUGUUCCUCUACGAGUGUGUCAUGGGGAUGAGGGCUACAUGUAGGUACGGUGCUAUCCUGGCAGAUGAGAUGGGUCUGGGUAAGACCCUCCAGAGCGUGGCUUUGACGUGGACGCUGCUAAAGCAGGGCCCAUACGGCGGGAAGCCGGUUGCUAAGCUUGUGCUGGUGGUUGCCCCCGGCAGCCUGGUGCAGAACUGGGGGGCGGAGUUUAAGAAGUGGCUUGGCCGUGAGAGGAUCAACGUCUACGCUGUUAACCAGGACCACAGGGUGGAGCUGUUUGCAGCGUCUCCUCUCCACAGUGUAUUAGUGAUCAGCUAUGAGAUGCUGCUACGCUCCCUGGAAGUGGUACAGAAGCUAGAGUUUGAGCUGGUGAUCUGUGAUGAGGGUCACAGGUUGAAGAACAGCAGCAUCAAGACUUCCUCUGCCCUCAGUGGUCUCAGCUGUACACGCAGAGUUAUUCUGACAGGAACUCCUGUCCAGAAUGACCUGCAGGAGUUCUAUGCCAUCAUAGAGUUUGUGAACCCGGGCAUUCUGGGGUCGUCUGCUGCCUACAGGAAGGUGUACGAGGAGCCAAUCCUCCGCUCCCGACAGCCCAUCUGCACUCAGGAGGAGAGAGUUUUGGGGGAGGAGCGAGCGGCUGAGCUCUCUCGUCUGACUGGUCUGUUUAUUCUGAGGCGGACCCAAGAGAUCAUCAACCGCUACCUGCCACCUCGUCAUGAUUGGACAGUGUUCUGUAGCCCCUCCUCCUUGCAGCAGGAGCUGUACCAGGCUCUUCUCUCGCACCGUGUCAUCCGAGCCUGUCUACAGGGGUCAACACAGACUCACACACACCUCGCCUGCAUCACCGCCCUGAAAAAGCUCUGCAACCACCCAGGACUGCUCUUCUCCACUGUACAGGAGCGUUCUGAUGGCGGCUCAGCAGAGGGUUCUCUGUAUGAAGGGCUAAGAGGUGUCUUUCCAGAGUCUUACUCUUCUGGGGGCUUCAGUACAGCUGAUUCAGGGAAACUACUGGUCCUGUCUGACCUACUGACCACUAUUCGUCACCUCAGCCCUACUGACAGGGUGGUGUUGGUGUCCAACUACACUCAGACGUUAGACCUACUCCAGGACCUGUGUGUCCACCUGGACUACACCUACUGUCGCCUGGACGGCAACACCCACACCAUCCAGAGGCAGCGAUUGGUGGACAACUUCAACAGCCCUCACUCCGCCCACUUCCUUUUCUUCCUGAGUUCUAAAGCCGGAGGGGUGGGGCUUAACCUGAUCGGCGCCUCCCACCUGGUCCUAUACGACAUCGACUGGAACCCUGCCAACGAUGUACAGGCAAUGGCACGAGUGUGGAGAGACGGACAGAAGAAGACUGUUCACAUCUACCGCCUGCUCACUGCAGGUACCAUAGAGGAGCGUAUCUUCCAGAGGCAGGUGUCCAAACAGGGGCUUUCUGGGACAGUGGUGGACUUGGAGAAAGGGGCGGAGCACACCAGCUUCUCCUCCAAUGAGCUGCGAGAUCUCUUCAGCCUGACGGACACACCCUGUCUCACUCACGACCUGCUAGACUGCAGCUGCAGUAUGGACGGAUCAGCCCCGGAAGAAGGAGAGGAUGAGGCGCCUGCGUCUGAUAGGCCGUGCCAGCUGGGUCGUCAAGGUGACCGUGGUGGGGUGGGGCAGAAGCAUCUGAGCAUGUCAGAGCUGAUGCAGUGGAGACACUUCGCAGGGGACACGCACACCUUCAGAGAUGCUUACCUGGACCACGCACGAAACCACAUCUCCUUCGCCUUCCAGUCCACCAUCUCACACACCACUCAGUAACACACACACACACACACAGGCUUCCCACAAAUGACCUCAUGCAGAGACCUUAAGAUGUGUUCCUUUCUGAGAAACAUUGGACUAUGUUAUUCUUUCUUUAUAUUCUCUACUGUUUUUACAGUUUGAUAGAAGAGAAAUUGUAAAUUAUGGAAUAAACUGCUAAAUUAUA